AUGGCUUGCAAAAUAGAAACCGAACUCGGUAACUUUAGUCAGCCUUACACAAGAGCUCUAGAGUUUGACUUGAAUGAUGUGGUUCAGCGUCUGCCACCCUAUCCCCGGAAAUUGGAGGCACCCAUGAAUCAAGCAGUCUGGAUGGUUGACUAUCUUUCCAGUUGGCCAGGCUCCCUGUAA